GGGUGCGAGCGCAUAUCAGUCUCGGCUUGCGACAAGCAGCGCCACGCUGACAGGUCGAGCCGGUCGAGGUCGAGGGAUGUGUGCGACCACUCGAACAGUUUCGAAAAGCUCGAAUAACUCCAAACACAAUUUACACUAUCUGUAUAUCGGUUAGGUAGUGUACAUAAGGAUAUCACUGACGACGCGCAACAUGCCGGAGAGUCUGUGUAGAAUCGUGCCACGAGAUAACCUGCAAUGCCGAGAAAACUUGAUAGACCGGUGGACAGCGACACACCGCUACCCGACAAGACGAUCUGUCCAUCGCCGGAAGAGCUGAGUGUAAUAAACAAUAAUGUCAGAUGCGAACAAUGCGGACUCGUCUUCAGGAACGAGCCGCGUUACCGGCUGCACGAUCUCAAAGUGCACCAGCGCAGAAAGUUGGAUAAGAUUGCGAAGGAAAACACACGCUAUCACUGCCCGGUGCAGUCGUGCGUCUACGCCGUUAAUUCUCAGAGAUACUUUAGCUCUAGAAAAUACUUGAAGCAACAUUAUUUAAAAGUACACGCAGAAAAAAAUUAUGCAUGCGAUUGCUGUAGCAAGAGUUUUUCUACUGAAUCUGCCAAACAAAGACAUACGAGAGUCUGUGGUGUACAAUUUACAUGUUCCUGCUCCAAAACUUACGACACGUACGAAGCGUUGCUUACGCACACAAAGCGAUCUCUGCAUACUAUAACAGAGAAAUAUAAAAACUCGCAAAGAACACACCCCAAGACAGUGCAAAUUGUCUUAUCGAAAGGAGUUACAAGCAAACCUGUUUCGAUACUGCCUAGUCCAGAUAAAUCUGGAAAAAAUAGCCAAGACAUUAGUACUAUGACAAAAGAUACAUCCGAUGUCGGAGUACAGACGGAUGAUUAUAAAAGAAGCAAGAAGAUAGCAAAUCUAUCGAAAUGUAGCAAUAACAAUCUGCAUAACGCAAAACGUCGAAUAUCCAAGCAAACGCAGACCAAUAAUUUUUCCAAGAAGACAUCAGGCAAAUCGAUAGAAACGCAAACUCCAAAAACGAACAAAGACUCGUCGAAGCUGCAUAAACGCGGUGGAAGGUAUCGCGCCCCAUCGAAACACUCAAAACAGACGUUACUUAAGGAGGAUCUUAAUCUUGGCGAUAAUUUCGCUUCGUCCAAUUUAUUUCCGGCUAGUCCGCUGCCACUUCGUCACGACGUGGGUUUGCAGGAUUUCUGGGAGAAGAAUACUUCAAGCACACAAACGAUACCCGAAAAAGAUAUGUUUGAGGCAUUUAACGAUAACGUAACUCAGACGGAAUUCGAGACAUUCUACAACCACAGUCAUAAUCCUUUGAUACAGGGCGUACCAAAGAGUUCAGUGGCUUUAAUGACGUUGCCUUAUGUCGAAGACACAUCGGCAGUAGAAGGUUAUUCUUUCGCUUCGACCGAUGGGAUAUCUCAAGCAGAUCCUAUGUUAACCGUUAAGACAUUCGACGACAGAUUCAGCAGCAUAGAAACGCAAACCGAGCAAGCCUUUUCUCCUUCGUAUUUUUAUUCCGAAUCUUUAUCGAGAUCAUUUGCCUUGAGUUCAAACAUCGAAACACAAACUACAGACAAUCUGGACAAUAUGGAGCAACUGCUGUAUAGCAAUACAUAUACUCAAACAUGCGACAAAAUGUUGUCCUCUGAUUUAGGACUGUCCAAUAUACAGACUCAGACUGCUUGGACGCAUGACGACACUACAGUCUCUACCGAGACUCAAACAAAGUCUCUGAUUUGCGGGGCCGAUUGCAACAUUCCCAUUGGAGCCUGUAGAUCCUGGUUAAAUACACAAACGAGUCACACCGAAACACAGACCGAUCUAUUUAAUAUUUUCGAUGGACUUGAAUAAGUUAAAUAUGUUUUUGCUGUAACUUAUUGUUCUUGUUACUUAGUUCUUCAUAUUUCGUCAGUCUGAUUUUUAUACAGUUGUUAUCUGUUCUUUCUUCUCUAAUGUAUAUUAUAGAGACAUAAACAAAUCUUUUUAAAUAUUUUUAUGAUUAAAUAUAUUUGUGAUAUUGCA